AUGUAUAUUUUGCUGUGUAUGUGCUUGAAAAAUGUCCUAUAUAUGAAUAUCGUCAUGUAAGCUACACCUGUGGAGUCCUUGUGUUCAAAACACUAUAUUUGACAUUCGAGUGUUCUGAGUAUACUCUCAGCAUAGCGGCGCUGUGCACCAAAGACAACAUGUGUACAAAUAGCAGUACACAGUAGAUCCGGUGCGUUAUAGCAUCCUGUGCUCACGAAUCUGUGGCUUCCAAUCAAGGACCUGACAGGACAAGGAGAACUUCUUUCAAACAACAUGCAGUUUCCACCUUUUUGCAACACAACUAAUGGAAGCUGGCCAACUUCUUCAAGAUGGGCGUGCAGGACGGAGCCGGGGUGGUGACCCAGGGGCCUCAGAGCCAGCAGAUGUACACUUCUGACCAUAUGUCUCCUAUGACCAACUCGGUCAAUGGGACUAUGGGAUCUGAGCCGAAGGGACUGAGCCUACCCAAGAUGGGAAGUGGACCUGGCAUGAGCUUUAGCCAGCAGCAGCCGCAGGUUCGUGUGCUCACCCUCAACCAUGGUGACCACAUGGACUCUACGCUCUUCCGUCUACAGAAAGGGUGGGUACUUCAGCUCCGUCCCGGCCCAUCUCUGCUGGGGAAGGCCGUCAGUGUGUUCACCAACCACCCAGAGGACCUAGGAGAGGGUUUCACCCGUAACCGUUAUAGACGUCUCCAAUGGAAAAGUGACUCUCGCAAUAAGGGUGAUGAUACAGCCCUCUAUGUUGAAGUAGUCAUCAUUUCAGCAGGAGCUUUCCAUUUCUAUUUCACCUAUGAUGAUGGAGUGGAACGUGAAAGAGCUCAGGGCUCUGGCUACUUCAUUGUAGACCCAACCCUCACUGUAGGCACCAAUAGUGAAUCUUUGAGUUUGGAUUGCGUUCAGUGCCAGACUGUGUUGUCGAAAUGCCUAGGACCUCUGCCUGACUGGGAACAAAGGUUGCAAGUGGCUUAUGAGACUGGCUACAAUCUGGUUCAUUUUACUCCCAUUCAGGAACUUGGUGAUUCAAAUUCUUCCUACUCAAUAAAGGAUCAGCACAAGCUUAACACUGAGUUCCAGACCCCAGACCACCAGUACACCUUUGCUGAUGUUGAGGCUCUCAUCAGGAGAAUGAGGGAUGAAUGGAAGAUGUUAUCCCUGACUGAUGUGGUGCUGAACCACACAGCCAAUGAUUCUAACUGGAUCCAGGACCAUCCUGAGGCAACCUAUAACUGCCAGAACUCCCCUCACCUCCGUCCUGCUUAUCUUUUGGAUCGUGUACUGUACCAUAUGACAGUUGAAGUGGCUGAUGGCAAAUGGGAAGAUCGUGGUAUCCCGGUGGCCAUCAGGGAAGAAAAAGAUCUUGAGGCUAUUAAGAAUGUUAUUCAUAGCCAUUUCCUCCCACAAGUUAAACUCCAUGAAUUCUACACUGUGGAUGUAGACAAAACAGUUGAAGAGUUCCGUCGCAGAAUUUCCAGCAACCUUCCAAUCGUCACCAGAGGCAAGGGUGAUUCUUCAUACAAAGAGGAAAUGGUCAUCAUUCAGGACCCCAAUUAUGGAAGAAGAACCUGCACAGUUGAUAUGAAUAUUGCUGUGAGACUCUACAAUUUAGCCAGUGAGUCGAAUGCGAAGACCCUCCAGGGUAGUGGACCUGAAGCCCGUGAUGAGGAAGAUCGAAUUGUACGUUGCUGUGCUGAGUUCCGACGUCACGUUGAGAACCUCAAUCAGCAGCGCACAAGUGAGAUCCAGGCACACCUCAUCCAGGCCGUUGAAUGUGUUCUGGGAACGAUCAGAUACCAGCGACUUCAACCAGAUGGGCCUAUGAUUGCAGAGGUUUCCAGAGACUACCCUCUAGUACCACCGUACUUCACUCAUUACGGAGAAGACGCUUCCCUGGAGGAGGAAGAGGCCCUUAUGUUUGGCGAUAAGGGUUGCUAUUUGAUGGCACAUAAUGGAUGGGUCAUGGGUGAUGAUCCACUGAAUAACUUUGCGAGAUCAGACUGCUAUGUCUACCUACGAAGGGAGUUGGUUGCAUGGGGAGACAGUGUGAAGCUCAGGUAUGGUGAGAAGCCUGAAGACAGUCCCUACGUAUGGGAUCACAUGAAACGUUACUGUGAAUAUACAGCUCGCAUCUUCCAUGGCAUCCGCUUGGACAACUGCCAUUCCACCCCAAUUCAUGUUGCAGAGUACAUGUUGGAUGCUGCAAGGAAAGUCAGGCCUGAUUUGUAUGUAAUUGCAGAGCUCUUCACUAAUUCUGAUCUUACAGACAAUGUUUUUGUCAACCGUCUGGGCAUCAAUUCAUUGAUUAGAGAGGCCAUGUCAGCACCAAACUCACAUGAAGAAGGAAGGCUUGUGUACCGCUAUGGAGGUGAACCUGUGGGUGCAUUCCUGCUUCCCCCUGUACGGCCUCUGGUACCAUGCAUUGCUCACGCCAUUUUCUUGGACUUGACACAUGACAACCGCAGCCCUGCAGAGGUGCGAACUGCCUGGGAUAUGUUACCCUCAACAGCCCUUGUCAGCAUGGCAUGUUGUGCUUCUGGGUCAACAAGAGGCUAUGAUGAGUUAGUGCCACAUCAUAUUCACGUUGUAGAUGAAACACGUGUAUAUCAGGCUUGGACAGAUGCUGAGCCAACAAGAGGAGAAUGUAAUGAGAGCUCAGGCAUUGUCCGUUGUAAGAGGUUGUUGAACAAACUUCAUUUUGAGCUUGGAGCUAAUGGCUAUAAUCAGGUAUUUGUGGAUCAGGUGACAGAACAUGUGGUUACAGUAACACGUCACAAUCCUGUUACACACCAGAGUGUUGUAUUGGUUGCCUACACUUCCUUCCGACCUCCAGCAGAGGCUCGUGAAAGUCACAUCAGGCCACUGAAAGUACAGGGACACCUUGAGGAGAUCAUCUUUGAGAUGCAAGUGAAAGGAAAAACAUCAGGGGAGGAUGAUAAGUCAUAUCCAGGCUUCUUCAAUAAUGACUCGGAAUUCAUUAAUGGUCUGAACAGUAUCAUUGCUGAGGUGAAAGAGAACAUCAGACCAAGUGAGUCUUCACUUGUGCGACUAACUUCACCUGAGGAUGCAGAUGAAACUGAGUGCCAGUACACUUCUGAAUUUACACCUGGUUCAGUUAUUGCAUUCAGACUAAGUCUUCUUCCUCGUGCUCAGACUGCAGUGAACAAAAUUCGUGGAGUUUUGUCAGAAUUUGGUUAUAAAUCAAGAAUCUCAGAAGUCACUACUCAUAAUGUUGAGCUGAUGGACAUUGUGAACUCACUGUCCCUUUCCGACUUGAAUCGUGUGCUGUAUCGCUGCGACGAAGAGGAGAAAGACGAAGGCCAUGGAGGAGGAACUUACUCAAUCCCCAACUAUGGCUCACUACCCUACUGUGGUCUUCAAGGGGUGAUUUCUGUGCUGAGUGAGAUUCGUGUGCACAAUGACCUCGGACAUCCUCUGUGUAGUAACCUCCGUGAUGGUGAUUGGAUGCCUGAGUAUAUUGUCACACGUCUUAAACAUGAACCAGCAACCCAGAGACUUGCCAAGUGGUUCGAAGAUAUAUUCAACUGGUUGAAGGAAGUUCCCAGAUACCUCAUUCCAGCUUACUUUGAUUCCAUUGUGACAAGUGUAUACCUCACUCUUAUCAACCGGGCUUGGUCUUUAAUGGGAGAGUUCAUUUCUCAAGGGUCAGACUUUGCCAAGGCUCUGAGUCUGUGUUCAGUGCAGUUCUGUGGCGUUGUCAAGUCUGCAGUGAUGCCACCUCUGUCUCCCAACCUGUCUUCACCUCAACCUCCAGCAGUCACAGAUGGUUCAGGUUCAACGAAACAGAUGUCUGUUACUAUUGCUGCUGGAUUACCGCAUUUCUCAGUGGGUUACAUGCGCAACUGGGGCCGAGACACAUUUAUUGCCCUUCCUGGAAAUCUUCUCAUCACUGGAAGAUACGAUGAAGCAAGAUGGAUUAUCUUGGCAUAUGCGAGCACAAUGCGCCAUGGCCUCAUACCCAACCUUUUGGAUGGAGGUACUAAGGCUCGAUUCAACUGUAGAGAUUCUGUCUGGUGGUGGCUCCAGUCCAUCCAAAGGUAUGUGGCAAUUGUUCCUGAUGGCAAUCGCAUCUUCAGGGACAGAGUGUCUCGUCUCUUCCCCUCUGAUGACUCACCACCUCAAGAACCAGGCAGACAUGAUCAGUUGUUAGAGGAUGUGAUUCAGGAGACCCUGCAGCGCCACUUCCAGGGAGUGAAGUUCCGUGAGAGGAAUGCUGGUUUCCAGAUUGACAGGGAGAUGUGCGAUGAAGGUUUCAACAACGAGAUUGGAGUCAGUUUGGAAACAGGUUUUGUGCAUGGUGGAACGGUUCACAACUGCGGUACAUGGAUGGACAAAAUGGGUUCAAGUGAGCUGGCAGGAAUCAAAGGCAAACCAGCAACACCAAGAGAUGGUAGUGCUGUAGAAAUUGUAGGCCUUUGCAAAUCUGCUCUUCGCUUCCUGGGUCAGAUGUAUCGUGAAGACAAAUUCAAAUACAACAGUGUAGAAAGAUACGAUGACACAGGUAAUGUCACUAAGUGGACAUAUGAAUUCUGGGAAAAGAAAAUUCAAGAGAACUUUGAGAAGUACUACUGGAUAGAUGAAAAUCCAAUUCCUGACAGGGAACCCAAGCCAGAACUUAUCAACCGAAGGGGCAUUUACAAAGAUUCAUAUAAUGCCUCUCAGUUCUGGGCAGAUUACCAACUGCGUUGCAAUUUCCCUGUAGCAGUUGCUGUGGCCCCAGAGAUGUUCACUCCUAAACAUGCGUGGAUAGCCUUGAAAAAUGCAGAAAAGAUCCUGUUAGGUCCACUUGGAAUAAAGACACUGGAUCCCAGUGACUGGGCAUACAAUGGUGACUACGACAACGCAAAUGAUUCAGCAGACCCUAAGAUUGCCCGAGGAUACAACUACCAUCAAGGACCAGAAUGGGUAUGGCCAGUGGGAUGGCUUCUUCGUGCCCAGUUAGCUGUUGCUCCUAAGGUUGGAGGCUUUGAAGAAUUGGGUCGCACUAUGGGUCACGUGAAAUCACUUCUUGCUCCUCACCUGACCCAUGUUCUAUCUGAUGCCUGGCGAUCACUACCUGAGCUAACUAAUACUAAUGGUGCACACUGUAAAGAUUCCAAUCCAGCUCAGUCAUGGAGUACAGGAUGUGUGCUUGAGGUACUGUGGGAGAUGGAUCGUAUAGAACGGGGUCUGAGGCGCUCCAGCAUGACCGGCAUGUGAAGAGAUCCGGGCUACGCCACCAUCCGUGCACUAGACACACCACUCCACGAACAUACAUCAACACUUGCAGAAACACCCUCAUGUUUGUCCCACACACACCAAGCCAGUGACUCAUGGCUCCAGACAUCCCAAACAAGCACACAAUAUCCCUUAGAUAGCAGUAGGCUUCACCGGAGAUUAAGUCUUCCAGAAGAGCAGCCAUCUGCAAUCCCAGACCCGGCAUGUA